AUGGCAUUGCCCUGUGAAUCAGCUCAUGAUGAUGAUGACCCAACCAGAAGUUUCGUUUCCUUGCCCUUCAACACGUCAUACUAUCACAUCCAGAGCCCCUACGAUUUGCCGCUGGAGAAGCGGUACAGCUUCGUCAAUGGAGUUCACAAGUGCUGGGUUUACUCUACUGACAAGCCGCAUACCCGCACCAGCAGGACCAAGCCCCGAACCGAGAUCGCUAUCCAGGGUUACCAAUACAACUCAGGCACAUGGGAAUUCGAAGCGUAUGGUUACGUGCCCAAAGGGACAUCCGGCGUGUCGAUUAUGCAGGUGUUUGGAAGCAAACCACCAACGGCUACUUCAUUGAUGCUAAUGGUUUACGACGGCAACCUCCAUUACUACAGCAAGGGUCAGGUCGUGCUCGCGAACAUCUACAACAAGUGGUUCAAGCUGAAUGUGAUCGACGAUUUCGAUUCCAGGAAGAUCAAGGUCUACAUCAACGACGAGCUCAAGCUGGAGGUUCUUGGCCGCGGAGGCAAAUAUCACGCAUUCAAAUGUGGAGUUUAUGCCCAAAGGAACGCUUCUCGUCACAUGAAGUCUUGUUGGAGAGACAUUAAGAUUUUCAGAAAGAGAGCCUAG